AUGUCGAAGCUGCUCGAUGAGGUGAGCGUCUGCGUUGCUAGGCAGACCAUUCUCAUCGAGUCACGGGAUUUGUCGGACCCGGAUGGGCCAUCUUUGUGGCAUUGGGAACCCAUAUUCCAAAUGCCACAAGACCCGACCGAGGACAGUUCGAUUCAAAGAGACGUCGAGCAGCCAAAUGCGGCACUGGACGAGGCAGCUGGAUUGAUCAAGUGA